AUGCCUUGUCCAGCGGAUAGGAGUGGGGAGGAUGUCGUUCAAAUUCAAGUCCAAAGAUUUCAGUUGGUCGACAACAAUGAUGCCAAUCACGUCAAUUGCGCCUCCACCACCAACAACAGAAAUUUCUUGACCGCCUCCAAGCUCACACCCCACCACCUACCAAUUCGAAGCCUUGAUCUCAACGCUGCAGCGAAUCCAUUGACCUCCAACGGCGCUUUCUGGUCUCCUCUCAAAGCGAUCCCUCUCGCGUCCUACUACAAGCUUCAUCGCGUGCCCUCGCUAUCAACCAUGACCGAGUCCGACUUAGACGAUAUGGACACCGUUCAAUUGCCUCAGAGCGAAUCGACUGCAGAGCCGACGGAGCAAAUAUCUGAGAAUGGAGUUCAAAACGCAGUCAAAUUGCCUCGCAGAGAAUCUACAUCAGAGCCUCCAGAGAGACUGCCAGAGAACGGGGUGCACAACAGGAUUCUGGAGCAAGUUGUUCGCACUCCGGGCCGUCAGCCUUCUCCGCAACCCACACAUCUCAGCAUUCCAGGUCCAAGUCAGCACAAGGUGCUGCAUGAGGAAGGUUCCGGCUACGUCGCUCCCAAGUUCGAGGGCAAGGAGUUGCAGAUGGAUCAGGUAAUGGAUCAGAUUGAAGAGAAAGGCUUCAUACCGCCAGAAUUCGUCGAAUCUGAGACCAAUUGGUUCUACAACGAAUUGGGUAUCGAUGACAUGUACUUUCAAACAGAGACUGUCCCAGCUAUCGUAAACCACAUACUCUCACUCUACGCAGGGAAGGUAGCAGCAUUUGCUCGAGACGAUGGUCGCUUGGAGAUUCGGCUUGACAAAGAGGCUGCCGAUCACGCCGUAUACAUAGACACCAGCAUGCCCGGUGUCAGCGUAGUAGAUGGCCCAAGGUACGAGCAGCGAAUCGACGAAAAGUACGUCAACGGCUCUACAAGCGACAACAGCUACCGAGUAGAGACCUUCCGCUCCGGGAGUCAUCUUCCUGGAGAGAAAGAUCAACAGCUGCGUUGCUACUUCGUAUACAAAUGCAACUUCGCCAACCCUAGCCCUGGCUCGGAAGAGACCAGAUUGGAUAUCAUAGGGGAAAAGCGGUUCCUGCAGAAGGCUACACAGAACACCAAGGACAUUUAUCAAGAAGUCAUGAACAACGCUGUGGGGCGAACUGGACCUGUCAUUGAGAUGUUCGAGAUGGAAGCCAGUAGAGAGAAAAGACUUGUCAUAGCAUAUCGACAAGGUUCUGCGAUGGGCAUGUUUAGUGCUCUCUCUGACCUAUACCAUUACUAUGGCUGCACGAGCUCGAGAAAGUACGUGGAGCAAUUCUCGAACGGGAUUACGAUCAUGUCCAUCUACCUACGACCCCUUCCACAAACGGCCUCCAACUCGAAGCAUCCGCCAAUCGAAGCCUCGAUCCACCAGAUAAUGAAGGAAUUCUCUCUGCUGUACUGCAUACCCCAGAACAAGUUCCAAGGACACUUCGCAAGCGGCCGACUGAGCUUACAGGAGACUAUUUACGCACACUGUGUAUGGGUGUUUGUCGGCCAUUUCUUGAACCGUCUGGGAUCGGAAUAUGCUUCGCUUGCCUCUUUGCUAGAUCCAAACAAUAGCGUCCAUGCGGAAAUGCUGUCCAAGAUCAAACGUCGUCUUAGGACAGAGACAUUUACCUCGGACUACAUCCUUGAGAUAAUCAACAAGUACCCCGAUCUGGUACGAUCACUGUAUUUGGCCUUUGCUAACACCCACUAUGUUCAGACGAGAGGCGAGCAAGACGACUUCAUUCCUACGCUCAGCUACCUGCGCCUCAAGGUUGACGUUGUCCUUGACGAUACUCAGCUCAAGUCACUGAUCUCAAAGACCGCCAUGAAUGAGCAUGAUCAGAUGGUUAUGACCGCCUUCAGAGUCUUCAACGCUGGCGUUCUCAAGACCAACUUCUAUACUCCAACAAAAGUUGCGUUGAGUUUCCGGCUCAAUCCCAAUUUUCUCCCUGAAGUUGAAUAUCCUCAGCCAUUGUAUGGCAUGUUUCUCGUCAUCAGCUCGGAGUUCCGAGGCUUUCACCUUCGCUUUCGCGACAUCGCCCGCGGCGGCAUUCGCAUUGUUAAGUCCAGAAAUCGUGAAGCAUAUUCUAUCAACGCCAGAUCCCUUUUCGACGAGAACUACAAUCUCGCAAACACUCAGCAACGCAAGAACAAAGACAUUCCCGAAGGAGGGUCCAAGGGUGUCAUUCUACUAGAUGUGCACCACCAAGAUAAGGUCAAAGUGGCCUUCGAGAAGUACAUUGAUAGCAUCAUGGAUCUUCUACUACCUCCAACAAGCCCGGGAAUCAAAGACCCAAUCGUCGAUCUCCAUGGCCAGCAAGAAAUCUUAUUCAUGGGCCCAGACGAAAAUACCGCAGAUCUGGUCAAUUGGGCAACAGAACACGCCAGGGCAAGAGGAGCGCCGUGGUGGAAAUCAUUCUUCACCGGAAAGUCUCCUAAGCUGGGAGGAAUUCCUCACGACGUUUAUGGAAUGACAACAUUGUCGGUGCGAGAGUAUGUUCAGGGCAUAUACCGGAAACUUAGUCUACAACCCAACGCAGUUCGGAAAUUACAGACUGGUGGACCGGACGGCGACCUUGGGUCCAACGAGAUCUUACUUGGCAACGAGAAAUACACAGCAAUUGUCGAUGGUGCAGGCGUGCUUGUCGAUCCAACUGGCCUGGACAAUGUGGAGCUCGUCCGGCUGGCAAGGAAGCGUGCCAUGAUAUCCGAGUUCGAUGUCACAAAGCUUUCUGCUGACGGAUACCGAGUCUUGGUAGACGAGACGAGCAUCACACUACCGUCCGGAGAGACUGUUAACAAUGGCAUGAUCUUCCGCAAUACGUUUCAUUUGCGCGGUGAAAAGCAAUUCGACGUCUUCGUGCCUUGCGGUGGCAGGCCAGAGUCCAUCGACUUGAGUACCGUCAACAAACUCAUUGUCGAUGGCAAAAGCACCAUUCCGUACAUCGUUGAAGGUGCCAACCUAUUCAUCACGCAGGACGCCAAGCUGCGGCUCGAGAAGGCUGGUUGCAUAUUGUACAAGGAUGCCUCGGCGAACAAAGGGGGGGUCACAUCUUCAUCCCUUGAGGUCCUUGCAUCAUUGUCUUUCGAUGAGCAGGGUUUCGUGGAGAACAUGUGCAUACGUGAUGAUGGUACGGCGCCACCAUUCUAUGACGCCUACGUCAAAGAGGUACAGGAAACGAUCAAGCGUAAUGCGGCACUAGAAUUCGAAGCUAUUUGGCGAGAACAUCAGCAGACUGCCAUCGCACGAAGCACUCUGAGCGAUACUUUGAGUGUCGCCAUUACUAAGCUUGACGAAGAGUUGCAGAAGCAAGACCUCUGGAAAAACAUCGAGCUCCGAGACGCAGUACUCGAGGACGCGCUACCAAAAUUGCUCCUCGAGAAGAUUGGGUUGAGUACCAUCAUCGAACGUGUUCCCGACAACUAUCUUCGCGCGAUAUUUGGCAGUUAUUUGGCCAGUCGAUUUGUGUACGAGCAUGGCAGUAGCCCCAGUCAAUUCGCGUUUUUUGACUUGUGA